AUGUCUCCUCCCGGCUCGCCUCGUCUCGUUGAUUCAUAUACUGCCCCAAAGGAAGUACUUCAGGAGUUCCAUGAGCUUGCUGAGGAGGAGAAUUUCGACCCGUUCGCGGAAACCUCUUCAAAGCGCCAGAUAGCCGCCCGCCAGUCUGACUACCAUAACCGCCGCUUUAAUCGCCAGGCAAAUGAGUCGGCCGACGCAUUCAAGGCUGCAGAGGAGGGAAUGGAGGUGGAUGGUGGUUAUAAAGACGCAAUGCGGCUGCAACGACUAGAGAAAGAGGAGGAGCGAGUCAGACGAGCUAUUGAGGAAAAGGAGAAGAAGGAUAGGGAGGAGGGGAUUGACAAGGCUGCUCUCGAUAAGACGCCCCCGAGGAAGGAGCUUGAAGAGGCGGAGAAAAUUCUUCAAUCUGUAGCUGCUAGUGCGAAGCGGAAACGCAGAUGGGACGUCCCGGAGGGUUCUGAGGAUAAGGAGAAUCAGGAUGUCAAGCCUGAUACUGGGGAAUGGUCUAAAGAAUCUCUUGAAGCUGCCGCUCCGAAGAAACGACGCUCCCGCUGGGACGCAACACCUGCGGAUGUCAACGUUCAAGAAACGCCGAAGCGUUCACGCUGGGAUCAAGUUGCCCCUCCUGAACCCGCGCAGCCAAUGGAGAAGAUCAUUAUGAACGCUCCUGGAAUAAAUCUUGAGGAGAGAACCAAUCGGUACCUUACGGACGAAGAGCUAAAUGCUCUCCUUCCUUCGCAAGGGUAUGCCAUUGUCCCUCCUCCACCGGGUUAUGCACCGAUGCGUGCUCCGCCACAGCUUACUGGUUAUGCUCCCGAAUUUGCUGGAUUCCAUAUCCAGGAGGGCUCUGAUGCUGCGGCAGCUGCAGCUGCAGCCGGUCUUGCUCCCGAGCUUCCCACUGAAAUUCCGGGCGUUGGGAACCUCGCUUUCUUCAAGGCUGAGGAUGCACAAUAUUUCGCCAAGAUCAUGAAGGAAGAAGACGAGACGCAGCUCACUGUUGAAGAAAUGAAAGAGCGAAAAAUCAUGCGUUUACUCCUUAAGAUCAAAAAUGGUACACCGCCAGUGCGUAAGACUGCAUUGCGACAGAUCACGGACAAGGCUCGUGAAUUUGGUGCUGGCCCUCUGUUCGACAAGAUUUUACCUCUGCUCAUGGAGCGUACCUUGGAGGACCAGGAGAGGCAUCUACUUGUCAAGGUCAUUGAUCGAGUUUUGUACAAGCUUGAUGACCUUGUUCGUCCGUACGUACACAAGAUCCUCGUAGUCAUCGAGCCGCUGCUCAUUGACGAGGAUUAUUAUGCUCGUGUUGAAGGCCGUGAGAUUAUCUCUAACCUUUCCAAAGCCGCCGGUCUCGCACAUAUGAUCUCGACUAUGCGUCCUGACAUUGACCACGCCGACGAAUACGUCCGAAACACGACAGCGCGUGCCUUCUCUGUCGUCGCAUCUGCGCUUGGUAUCCCUGCACUACUUCCGUUCCUCAAGGCUGUCUGUCGCAGUAAGAAGUCGUGGCAGGCUCGUCAUACUGGUAUCCGUAUUGUCCAGCAGAUUGCUAUCAUGAUGGGAUGUGCUGUGCUCCCGCACUUGCGUAAUCUCGUGGACGCCGUUGCACAUGGUCUGACCGACGAACAACAAAAGGUCCGAACUAUGACCGCCCUUGCCCUCGCCGCCCUCGCUGAAGCAGCUGCUCCAUAUGGCAUUGAAUCAUUCGACAAUGUACUUAAACCGCUUUGGCUGGGUAUCCGUCUGCACAGGGGGAAGGGUUUGGCGGCUUUCCUGAAGGCAAUUGGAUUUAUUAUCCCACUCAUGGACCCGGAAUAUGCUUCCUAUUAUACAAAGGAAGUUACAGUCAUUCUUAUCCGAGAGUUCCAGACAUCAGAUGAGGAGAUGAAGAAGAUUGUCCUUAAAGUGGUGAAACAGUGCGCUGCAACCGAAGGUGUUACGCCGCAGUACAUCAAGCAGGAUAUUCUUCCGGAUUUCUUCAAGUCCUUCUGGGUACGUCGCAUGGCACUCGACCGCCGCAACUACAAACAGGUCGUCGAGACAACUGUCGAGCUGGCGCAAAAAGCGGGUGUGGCAGAGAUUGUCGGACGCGUUGUGAACGACCUCAAGGACGAAGCAGAACCAUACCGAAAGAUGGUUAUGGAGACAAUCACGAAAGUCAUAGCGAGCUUGGGUGCAGCAGACAUAGAUGAACGUCUUGAGGUCCGCCUCGUCGACGGCAUUAUUUAUUCGUUCCAGGAGCAAACGACGGAGGAUCAAGUCAUGUUGGAUGGUUUCGGUACAGUCGUCAAUGCCCUUGGAAUUCGAGUGAAGCCAUAUCUCGUACAGAUUGUCUCAACCAUCCUUUGGCGACUGAACAACAAGAGCGCAAAGGUUCGACAGCAGGCCGCAGAUUUGACGAGCCGACUCGCGGUCGUCAUCAAGCAAUGCGGUGAAGACCAGCUUUUGAGUAAACUUGGUUUAGUAUUGUUCGAGCAGCUUGGAGAGGAGUACCCGGAUACACUGGGAAGUAUCAUCGCAGCUGUUGGAGCCAUUGCCAAUGUCGUAGGUAUGACACAGAUGAACCCGCCAGUAAAAGAUUUAUUGCCACGUAUGACUCCUAUUCUUCGAAAUCGACACGAAAAGGUGCAGGAAGCAUCUAUCAACUUAAUCGGUCGUAUUGCUGAUCGUGGUGCCGAGUUCGUUCCUGCGAGAGAAUGGAUGCGUAUUUGCUUUGAACUUCUGGACCUUCUGAAAGCCCACAAGAAAGCUAUUCGACGAGCGGCUGUGAACUCCUUUGGUUACAUUGCCAAGAGUUUGGGUCCUCAGGACGUACUUUCUGUCCUCUUAACCAAUCUACGUGUACAGGAACGACAGUCGCGUGUGUGCAGUACCGUAGCCAUUGCUAUCGUCGCUGAGACUUGCGGACCCUUCACUUGCAUCCCUGCGAUCUUGUCAGAAUAUCGCACAGCCGAGUUGAACGUUCGAACAGGUUGUCUAAAAGCACUUUCAUUCGUCUUUGAAUACGUUGGUCCCCAGUCAGCAUAUUACUGUGAUUCGGUCGUAACUAUGCUUGAGGAUGCAUUAACUGACCGGGAUCUCGUCCAUCGACAAACCGCGAGUACGAUUGUCAAGCAUUUGGCUCUUGGCGUCGCCGGUCUUGGCUGCGAGGACUCAAUGUUGCACCUGAUGAACCUCGUGUGGCCGAAUUGUUUCGAGACAUCCCCACAUGUCAUCGGAGCUGUGAUGGAGGCGAUUGAAGCGAUGCGGGUGACGCUUGGACCCGGCGUACUCCUGAGCUACACGCUGCAGGGAUUGUUCCACCCAGCACGCAAGGUCCGUGAAGUGUACUGGCGGAUAUACAAUGCCUUGUACCUCGGUGCUGCAGAUGCGCUUGUACCGUUCCAUCCCGACUUAUCAGAACUGAGCGAGGGUCAAAAUAUGUACGAUAGGGCACCUCUGCAGAUGUUUAUUUGA